AUGGACCUGGUUGGCAUGACCUUGGAGGACAUUGCCCUGUACUUCUCCAGGGAGGAAUGGAGCCUCCUUGAUGAGGGUCAGAGACAGCUGUACCUGAAUGUGAUGCUGGAGAACUUUGAACUUGUAUCCUCGCAGGGUUGCUGCUGUGGAGCUGAGAAUGUUGAGGCCCUGACUGAACAGAAGGUUUCUGUAAGAGUGUCACAGGCAAGGAAUCCCAAGGUAGCCUUGUCUUCCCAGAAGAGCCACCCCUGUCACAAUUGUGGACUAGUCUUGAGAAACAUUUUCCAAUUGAUUGAGCUGCAGGAGACUCAGCAGAUCCAUGUACUAUUGAGGUGUGGGGCAUGUGCAAAACGAUUUUCUUUCAAUGCAACAUUUCACCAGCACCAGGAGAAGCACUUUAGAAAGAAGCCUUUUAAUAGAGGUGUGGACAGGAUCUCACUUGCAAAGAGCUGCAAUUUCAACGUGUCCCAGAAUCAUUUAACCUGUGUGCAAGUUGGGCAAGGCGUCCUUACUGGGUCAGGACAUCUCCCCCCAAAGGCUACUCAGAGCAGGGACAGGCCAAAUGAAAUCUCAACAUGUGAGAUGACCCUUCAGAGGACUAAAAAUUAUUACACUAGAAAAGAUUAUAAGAAAGCCAUUGGCUGCAACCGCGUGUUUGUUCAGGAUAAGAAUGUUCGUACUGGAAGAGUGGGUUUUGUGUGCCGUGAAUGUGGAAAAUAUUUUACCAAAAUUUCUAGUUUUUGUUAUCAUCAGAGAUUUCACAGUAGAGAAAGGCCUUAUGAGUGCAGUGAAUGUGAGAAAUCUUUUACCAGUAGCACUGGCCUCCAUUAUCAUCAGAGAUUUCACACUGGAGAAAGGCCUUAUGUGUGCAGUGAAUGUGGGAAAUCUUUUACCAGUAGCACUGGACUCCGUUAUCAUCAGAUAUUUCACACAGGAGAAAGGCCUUAUGUGUGCAGUGAAUGUGGGAAAUCUUUUAACAGGAUAUAUUACCUUCGUUGUCAUCAGAGAAUUCACACUGGAGAGAAGCCUUAUAAGUGCCGUGAAUGUGAAAAAUCUUUUACCACUAACAAUGGCCUCCGUUAUCAUCAGAGAUUUCAUUCAGGAGAAAGGCCUUUUGAGUGCAAUAAAUGUAGGAAGUUUUUUAUCGGGGUCACUGGCCUUCAUUAUCAUCAGAGAGUUCAUAAUGGAGAAAGGCCUUAUAAAUGCAGUGAAUGUGGGAAAACUUUCAUGAGUAGCACUGGCCUCCGUUACCAUCGUUUAUUUCACACAGGAGAAAGGCCUUAUGUGUGCAGUGAAUGUGGAAAAUCUUUUACCAGGAUCUACUACCUCCGUUAUCAUCAGAGAGUUCACACUGGAGAAAGGCCUUAUGAGUGCCAUGAAUGUGGUAAAUCUUUUACCAGUAGCAAUGGCCUCCGAUAUCAUCAGAGAUUUCACACAGGAGAAAGGCCUUAUGAAUGCAAUAAAUGUGGAAAAGUUUUUACUGGGAUCACUGGUCUUCAUCAUCAUCAGAGAGUUCACACUGGAGAAAGGCCUUAUGAAUGCAGCGAAUGUGGUUGCUGCUGUAGAGCACAGAAUGUGGAGGUACCGACUGAACAGAACAAUUCUGUAAGAUUGUCAGAGGCCAGGAAUCCCAAGAUAGCCUUGACUUCACAGAAGAACCACCCCUGUGAGAGCUGUGGACUAGUCUUGAGAAGGAUUUUCCACUUGACUGAGCUGCAGGGAACACAACAUGGACGGAUACAGCUGAGGUGUGGGGCAUGUGGAAAACAAUUUUAUUUCAGUGUCAAAUUUCAGCAGCAGCAUGUGAGAGAGAACACUUUCAUUAGGGGUGUGGAGAGGAUGUCACUUGCAAAGAUCUGCAAUUUCAAUGUGUCCCAGAAUCAUUUCACCUGUGGGGAGGUUGGGCAGGGCACACUUUCCUGGUCAGGGCAUCUCCACUUAAAGGCUGAUGAGACAAGGGACAGGCCAAAUGAUAUUUCCAAGGGUGGUUUGAUGUUUCAAAGCAGAAAAGACUUUUACACCAGAAAAGAAUGUGAGGAAGAUCAUGGCAGCAGUAAUCUUCAUCGUUAUCAAAGAGUUCCGACUGGAGAAAAGCCUUAUAAAUGCAGUGAAUGUGGGAAAUGUUUCAAGAGUAGCUGUGGCCUCCAUUAUCAUCAAAGUUUUCACACUGGAAAGAAGCCUUAUAAAUGCAUUGAAUGUGGGAAAUCUUUUAUCACUAGCAGUGACCUUCGUCGUCAUCAGAGAUUUCACACUGGAGAAAAGCCAUAUAAAUGCAGUGAAUGUGGGAAGUCUUUUACCUAUUGGAGUAGCCUCCGUUAUCAUCAAAGUUCUCACACUGGAGAAAAGCCUCACAAAUGCAUUGAAUGUGGGAAAUAUUUCACCACUAACAGUGACCUUCAUUGUCAUCAGCGAGUUCACACUAGAGAAAAGUCUUAUAAAUGCAGUGAAUGUGGGAAAUCUUUUAUCACCAUCAGUGACCUUUGUCGUCAUCAGAGAGUUCACACUGGAGAAAAACCUUAUAAAUGCAUUGAAUGUCAGAAAUCUUUUACCAAUUGGAGUAGCCUCCAUUAUCAUCAAAGUUUUCACACUGGAGAAAAACCUUAUAAAUGCAGUGAAUGUGGAAAAUCUUUCACCAGUAACAGUGACCUCCAUUGUCAUCAGAGAGUUCAUACUGGGGAAAAGCCUUAUAAAUGCAGUGAAUGUGGGAAAUCUUUUACCACUAGCAGUUACCUUCAUCGCCAUCACAGAGUUCACACUGGAGAAAAGCCCUAUAAAUGCAGUGAAUGUGGGAAAUCGUUUCUCACAACGUCUCAUCUUUAUCGUCAUCACAGAGUUCACACUGGAGAAAUCCCAUAUAAAUGCAAUGAAUGUGGGAAAUCUUUUACCACUAGUAGUUACCUUCAUUAUCAUCAGAGAGUUCACAAUGGAGAAAAGCCUUAUAACUGCAGUGAAUGUACAAAAUCUUUUAUCACGAGCUCUCUCCUUCAUCGGCAUCAGAGAGUUCACACUGGAGAAAAACCUCAUAAAUGCAGUGAAUGUGGGAAAUCUUUUACCAAUAGCAGUAGCCUCCAUUAUCAUCAAAGUUUUCACACUGGAGAAAAGCCUUAUAAAUGCAGUGAAUGUGGGAAAUGUUUUACCAGGAGCAGUGAACUCUCUUCUCAUCGGAGAGUUCACACAGGAGAAAGGCCUUAUGUGUGCAGUGAAUGUGGGAAAUCUUUUACCUGGAACACUGCCCUUCAUCGUCAUCGGAGAGUACAUACAGGCGAAAAGCCUUAUAAAUGCAAUGAAUGUGUGAAAUGUUUUAAAAGUAGCAAUGGUCUCCAGUAUCAUCAGAGAGUCCACACUGGAGAAAGCCAUUAUGCUUGCAAAUAA